CGAAAAAAGCGAAACUAAAGGAAAAGCGGAGAAAAGUCGCUGGUUGCGAGGAAAACAACCUCGCGAGCGAGCCCCGAUGCGUGGGCCAGCCAGAGCCAGAGGGGAGGGAAAGGAAAGGAAAGGGAAACGUAAGGCGAGUGAGUCCCCGUUCCUCGCAAAUGAAAGUUGACUUAGCUUGACGUGAGCGGCUAUAAAACCCGCAACUCUGACAAUUGCUUGGCAGUCGACGCGAGACGCUUCUUCACGAUGUCUUACACGGUGGUUUUCUUCGAUCUUGAAACAACUGGACUGGACACUAGAAACUGCGACAUCAUCCAGAUCGCAGCCGUCUGCGGCAUGGCAGACUUCAACGCCUACACCGUCCCCCGCUGUGAAAUUACCACAGAAGCCAAGAGAGUCACGGGCUUCUCUGUGGCGAACGGCGUUCUGUUCCGCCAUGGGGUGGCCAUGCCCACCAUGCCGCUCCGUCAGGCUCUCAGCUCUUUCAUCGACUUCCUCUCCUCUUUACCGGAGCCCGUGUACCUGGCCGCUCACAACGCCAACCGCUUUGAUGUCCCCGUCCUUGACAGGGUGCUGAGGGAGUUCUCCCUCCUGCAGCGCUUUCAGAGGGUCGUGUCCAACUACCUGGACACCUUUCUGCUCAGCAAGAGGAUGUUCACCAAUUUCUACAGCUACUCCUUGAAGUACAUGGUGGAGUACUUCCUGGGGAAGACCUACGAUGCCCACAACGCUCUGGAGGAUGCCAGGAUGCUGCAGGAGCUCUUUCAGAAAUGGAAACCGGGCAGGAACGCCGUGGGCAAGUGCUUGAUCUAGCGCACGUGUCAAACCAAAAGGCCCAGAGGCCAGAUGGGGCCCGCCACGUCAUUUUGGGGGGGCGCUCCCGAAGGCAAAUCGUGUUCCAUAUUUUGCCCAGUGCAGUUGUUCUUUUCAAUUUUGCGGAAAAUCUAUAACAACCUUUGCAUUUUUCCACACUUUUUACAUCUAGAAUGAGCACCCCGCCCCCUCUCCAAAUCCAUUCUUAACAUCAAUUGAACUAUAACGCAGUACUCAUUUUGCUUGCCGCUAUUUAUCAUGACUUGUAAUUUCAGAGUCUCUUGAUGGAGAAAAUGUACUCCAUGACCCGAGUCAAAGCAGUGACUGAUUUAAAAGUAUUUGUAAUCACAUUGAAUGUGUAUGUGUCAACGUGUGAUGAGGGGAUGAUCCAUUGAAAUGAUUUUCGGAGUCAGAACGGCCCACUAUAGGGAAACAAUAAGUACAACGUUGCCUGCCAUGAAAAUGAGUUUGAGCCUUUGGAAUGAUUGCGUCAUGGCCCAGUGGUUUAUUUCCAGGCUUCUGCUGACCAAAUAAAGCACAAGUGUCAAACUCAAGGCCUGUGGACCAAAUUCUACCCUCCGUGUCAUUUGAUACGGCCCGCAAAAGCUUAUAACGUUUUGUUUUGUUUUGUUUUGUUUUGUUUUUUUUUGUCCAAAGAUAAUGAUAAUCAAAUGCUGGGGCAAUCAUGUACCGUCAGUGUUCCAACAUGAAACAUAAUUCCAUUUGGGACAAGAAUGAUAAUUGCGCGACAGUGCGGCUCUGGCUAACAUCCUUUCACGGCUAGCGAUGUCGUGUUUGCAAUCCGGCGCGCGUGCAGCACUUGUAUCAAAAGAAAAGACUCACGCUGUUGAAAAAAAA